CAUCUGCUUCGCCGAGCCUCGAUCCUUCUCUCCAAUCUCCGUCUUGUUGUCGGCGGUGACGCGGCGGAGGUGUAGCCUGACGCGGGCUCUUACGUGUCGGCCACAAUAAAAGUGGAGCUCCGGAGGCCCGGGGAGCGACGAAGGGAGUCUGUAUCGUUUAGCCAAUGAAGAUGGAGUCAGCGGCGGCUGAGGCUCAGCAGACGGCUGAGUCUGCUGAGACAGAAAACCAGCAGCAGAUCACGCCGGCGCAGCUCGCCACCUUGGCGCAGGUAUCCAUGGCAACGGGCCACGGCUCAACAACAGGUCCCACGGUCACACUUGUACAGCUUCCAAAUGGGCAGACGGUCCAAGUGCACGGUGUGAUACAGGCAGCGCAGUCAUCCGUCAUACAGUCGCCACAAGUGCAAGCUGUGCAGAUCUCCACCAUUGCUGAAAGUGAGGAUUCACAGGAGUCAGUGGACAGUGUGAUUGACUCACAGAAGCGGCGCGAGAUUCUUUCUCGCCGACCCUCUUAUAGGAAAAUCCUGAACGAUCUUUCGUCUGACGCGCCAGCUGUCCCUCGCAUCGAGGAGGAAAAGGCCGAAGACGAUGUGGCGGCGGCUGCCACGCCCGCUAUCACUACCGUAACCGUGCCCACCCCGAUUUACCAAACCAGCAGUGGUCAAUACAUCGCCAUCACGCAGGGUGGUGCCAUCCAGCUGGCCAACAACGGCACCGACGGGGUUCAGGGCCUGCAGGCUCUCACCAUGACCAACGCGGCCGCUGCUCAGCCAGGGGCCACCAUCUUGCAGUACGCGCAGACCAGUGACGGCCAGCAGAUACUAGUCCCCAGUAACCAAGUGGUGGUGCAAGCUGCGUCUGGCGACGUCCAAGCCUAUCAGAUCCGAACGGCGCCCGCCAACACCAUCACGUCCGGCGUGGUCAUGGCCUCUUCGCCCGCACUGCCAACUCAAGGUGCAACCGAAGAAGUCACCCGCAAGAGGGAGGUCCGCCUCAUGAAGAACAGAGAGGCAGCGCGUGAGUGUCGCAGGAAGAAGAAGGAGUAUGUCAAGUGUCUGGAGAACCGAGUGGCUGUUCUGGAGAAUCAAAAUAAGACGCUCAUUGAAGAGCUCAAAGCCCUCAAAGACCUAUACUGUCACAAAUCUGACUAAAAAAAAAAAAAGAGCAUCCUCGUUUAGGGUUCCAGUAUCCUUUGUGGUCAUUCAAAGUCUUUGACUGUUUGGCUUCACUUGCCUCAACUUUUUGAGCAUGUCAUACUUUACCAUGGGGCCACGUGUAUUAGAAGAUAAGUUGAAUGUUAAUGGGUAAGACUUAAAAUGGUAGCUGAUUCCACUUCAAAUUUUAACUUAACAGUAUUAAGUCGUAGUAGGAGAACAGACUUUAUAACCUCUUAACGUAUGGCCAUCUGGGCUCAGGAUUCGCAUAUCUCAAAUGCUCAACUUUUGCGACAUUGGUGCUGAGCAAGUCAUUGAUUUGUUGAAAACUGCACAUUUUUUAAAUGUUUUUUUUUUUCGUUAGCUUUUAGCUUAAACCACAGAUCCGAUGGUAGAACAGACUUUAAUACUUGCAAUUGUACAGUAUUUAAUAAUUUGUGCAGGAACAGGUCAACAAUUUGUUCCAAACUGCAUCUUUCCCAGAUGAUUUUGGCUUUUAACCUGAAUUCUUGAUCAGGUAUUCAAUCGCAUCGAACCGUCUUUACAGCUAAUUAGUGUACUGCAGGGGUGUCCAAGUGCGGUCCUCGAGAGCCCCUAUCUAGCUUGUUUUCCAUGUAUCCCUCCUUGAACACACCUUAAUCAAAUGAUCAGCUCAUCAGCAAGCUCUGCAGGAGCCUGAUAAUGAUCUUGAUUAUUUGAGUCAGGUGUGUUGGAAGAGGGAGAAAUGGAAAACAAGCUGGAUAGGGGCUCUCGAGGACUGUACUUGAGCACCCCUGGUGUACUGCAUGGGUCCAAACUGGUCCUCAAAGGCUGCUGUAGGUGCAGGUUUUUGUUCUGACCAAUCCAUCAAAGACAGUUUAACCAAUGAGAGUUCUGCUGAGACAAGCAGCACCUGACUGCAAUCAACUGAUUAGACUUGUAGGACACCAGAUUGGUGAGAUGCUGGUGUCCUCUUGAUUGGUUGGAACGAAAACCUCCACCCACUGCAGCCCUUUCUGGAAUAGUUUGAACACCCCUUGUGUACUUUAUGUCGAUCUUAGGGCAGACAAUGAAAGAACUGAUUGUUGGUUUGCACCAAAUUAUUUUUCUGAUGAUUGUAGCACUUUUAGCCCCUAAACUAUUGAUACUGGUUGGACCAAUUACAACUUUAUUUUUCUAUGUCAUCUUAGCAGUUUUGGUCAAAACGGUAGACGAAGUACCAAAUCUGGUAGCAAAACACUGGUACUGAAUGCCAACUUGGUUGUGUACAAUGCAAUAAUUGGUCAGGUUUGGUCCAAAUGGCUUCUUUUCUAAAAGAUUUGUAGCUUUUAGUCUCAGUCUAUUAUAACAGAGCUUAAAAUCUGCAGUUUGGUACAGAAAAAGAUGGUUGGUUUUAGCUUAAACACUGAGACGCGUCAACAAAAGUAACAGUUUGUUCUUACUCUGAACCUACUGACUAGGUACUCAGUCUGGUGGAACAGACUUUAAAAGCUAUUAGUGUUUGUUUUGAUCCAAAUACUGAUCUAAAUAAUUGUUUCUAUGCGUAUAAAGCAUGUUGGUUCCCUGGUAGCCAUUAUAGGAUAAGUUGGGCAAGCCUAGCCUUAGACACCUCAAAGACUUUGAACCUGUUCAGAAGGACUACUUUCCAUUGGAGGACACUCCAGGACUCUUGAACCAGUGGGAUUUGAACAAGUUCACCUUUUCGCACUCUAAAACAUAAAAUUGUGACACUUUCAAUGUUUUCUUUGUAAGACUGAUGUCGUUAAGUUCACCGUGCCCUUUUUUAGGACUCUAUUUCUUUCACUUUCAAAGUAAAACCACCAGGUUUGACCAUUUUUAUGCCAUGGAUUAACAAAAAAAAGGACUAAUUUGGGAUUUUAAACAUUUGCAUGAGUAACAUGUCCAGUCUUACAGUAUGUUUAUUUUUUAUACUACAUUUAUGUGUAUAUACCUGCUACUGCAUGUGUAGACUUGAUGUAUCUCUGUUUAUUGAUAUAUUUGUAACAUACUGUACAUCGGUGCGUGUGUGUGUCAAUGAGUGUGUGCGAGGCCUACCGGUCAUGGCAGCUACGAGUUUGUUGACGGCUAAUGAGGUUGCGGUGCCAUAUUUUUCUAUUUUCAGUAUUCAUUGUCUUCAUUAGGCAUAUAGCCAACUGUGUUAAAUAUAACCAUAGUAUUUUAUCACAGUUAAAAGCAGCUAAUGAAAGCACAAAUGUACUUUGGAGAUUACUUUUUUUUUUUUUUUUGGAUGAUGAUGUUUUAAUUUAGUUACGGCGAUCGAUGUCCAGUCCAUUUGACUUGGGAGAAGUGCCAGCCCUCCUAGUUCAAAUGGAUUUGAUGUCUAUCAUCAUCAAUGGCAGUGAAUAGUUAAAUCAAUCGUUUACUCAUUGGUCAGUAUACUUUUCAAUCGUAAAGAGCUCAGCCAAUCACAUCCCUCGGCUGGUCUAGAUGUCAAUCAUGGAGCCAUUGCACCGUUACAUUCCUCACGACCAUGGGUAUUCUACGGUACGUGUUUUUUCAUAACACAUGAGUCCCAUCACCUCUAUUACCAAGUCAACAUGUCAAUUGUGACACAUUUAUUGGUCAGUUACAUUUCUACAGCUUAAUUGGCUAGUCUAAGUGUUAAUAAACGCAGCCUUCUUAUUGGCUGGACUUUCCCCCAAACUCACAAUUUGUAGAUUUGAACCCGAUACAACAUGAGUCACUGUUUAAAUUAUGUUCCAAAUGCAUCAAAGAAUUGAUUUAUAACUGUGUUACUUCAUGAUUAAGGAGAUAGCAGUAUUUUUCUAGCUGAUAGAUUUGGCAUUGUACAACCAACACUUGUAUUAUUUGUAAUGGAAACAAGAUGGCGGCUGUGCUGAUUGUUGUAAGCAUGUUUCUUGUGUCCAGAGGAGCUCUGAUAUUAUGUAUAAAGUGUAUAUAUGAA